UUCGCGUGUGCGAACUGCGAAGCGUUCUUUCAGAUCUCGCAAUUGGCUCCUCGCCAAAAAUCAACUUCAACCACCACAAACCAACGUCCGCUACCAAACUCCGCCACCAAAAUGUCGAAACGACCACCCCUCUUCUUCCUCCUCCUCCUCCUCCUCGUUCUCAGCCUCCUGUCCCUCACCACAGCUGAGAUCAAGACCCUGAAGAUCACCUCCGACGCACGCCCCAUGAUCUUGUUCGAGAAAUUUGGAUUCACCCACUCCGGCCACGUCUCUAUUGCUCUCUCCUCCGUCUCCGUCAUCUCAUCUCUCUCCACCCCCGAUCCUUCUCGCCUCGCCUUCUUCCUCCUCUCUGAAGAAUCGUACAUCCAAGUCCUCCUUGAACUUCAACAAAACCCUAGCUUCUGCGUUAUCGAUUCCAAAUUCAUCCAGCUCCUCUUUACUUUUCGUGAUCUCUCUCCUCCUCCCCACUCCACCUUCGACCAAUCGUACCCCGUUACAGCCCCCAAUGAAUACUCCCUCUUCUUCGCCAAUUGCGCCCCCGGAUCUCAAGUCACCAUGGACGUCCGUACAGAGCUCUACAAUCUCGAUUCCGGCUCCUUCAAGGACUAUCUCUCUGCCGGGUUGACUCAGCUCCCAACUCUGUAUUUCCUUUUCUUCCUUAUAUAUUUAUCUUUUCUGGGAUUUUGGUUUUACUAUUGUUAUCAUAACAAGAGAUCCGUGCAUCGGAUCCAUUUGCUCAUGGCCCUAUUGGUUUUAAUGAAAGCUUUGAAUUUGAUCUGUGCGGCCGAGGAUAAACAUUAUGUUAAGGUCACUGGUACGGCCCACGGAUGGGACGUACUGUUUUACAUAUUUCAGUUCAUUAGGGUUGUGCUCUUGUUUACGGUGAUUGUGUUGAUUGGGACUGGGUGGUCGUUUUUGAAACCCUUUUUGCAAGAGAAGGAGAAGAAAGUGUUGAUGAUAGUGAUUCCGUUACAGGUUUUGGCCAAUGUGGCUUCCAUUGUUAUCGGGGAAACGGGUCCGUUUAUAAAAGAUUGGGUGACUUGGAAUCAGGUGUUUUUAUUGGUGGAUAUUGUGUGUUGUUGCGCAAUUAUUUUCCCAAUAGUGUGGUCAAUUAGAUCGUUGAGGGAGACAUCGAAGACAGAUGGUAAGGCUGCAAGAAAUUUGGCUAAGCUGACUUUGUUCAGGCAGUUCUAUAUUGUGGUGAUUGGGUACUUGUAUUUUACGAGGAUCGUUGUGUUUGCUUUGAGGACAAUCGCUGCAUAUAAGUAUCAGUGGGUGGCAUAUGCAGCGGAGGAGAUAGCAAGUCUUGCAUUUUAUGUAGUGAUGUUUUAUAUGUUCAGGCCAGUUGAAAAGAAUGAGUAUUUUGUUAUUGAUGAGGAGGAAGAGGAGGCGGCAGAGUUGGCCCUCCGGGAUGAGGAAUUUGAGCUUUAAGAUGCUUAGAGAAAAUACUUUGCUGCUUACUGAGAUACACUAUUGAUGCCUCAACGGAUUUGUCAAGUUCUUUUUCCCUCGGAUUAUGAUAGUUUUGUCUACCAGCAGUUCAUCCAUGGUUCUAGUUUGUAGAGUUCUUUUUGUUAACACUUCUUAAUUUUCUGUUGGAUUUUUUCCCCUUAAGAAGGUGGUCUAAGUUCAAUGUAUGGUAAGAGCUUUCGUGAACAAUGCAUAUGUAUACAUUGUGAUCCUAAUUGCUUCAAUUUUGCAGAAACUUACCUUAGUAAGUGUUCAUGAAGAGAAUGACCUUUUUUUUUUUAAUUGAAGAUGCUAUGUUUACUCUAUCAGAUGUCUAGACAGUAGACAUGGUUG